AUGGUACAAAGAGCUAUUUUGACACCAACAAAUGAUGAUGUCCAGAAAUUGAGUGAUAUGUUUAUCGAUCAGUUUCCAAGAGAAGAACAUGAUUUGUUAUUGUUUGACGGGGUUGAAGGAGAUAAUCAUAAUUUAUACCAGCAAGAAUUCUUAAAAUCAAUUGCACAAGGUAGUUUGCCACCACAUAUUCUAAAGAUAAAAAAAGGGAAUAUGUUGGAUGUGGAAAUCUUAACAGGAAGCAACGCAGGAAAACGUGCUUUUUUGUCUAGAAUUAAAAUAAAAACAUCUGCAAGUGAUGGACUGCAUUUUGUCCUUAGUAGAAAGCAGUUUCCUGUGCGACUAAGUUUUGCAAUUACAAUAAAUAAAUCACAAGGACAAACCAUUCCAAAUGUUGGAAUAUAUCUUCCACGAUAUGUUUUUAGUCAUGGACAGUUAUAUGUGGCUUUAUCCAGGGGUGUUUCACAUACUACAACAAGAGUUUUAACCAGGGAAGGAAAAUUGAAAGGAGAAGAUGGUGACUACACAAAAAAUGUAGUCUACAAACAAAUUCUUUUAUCGCACCCGCAGAUAACAGACUUUGAAGAUAAAUGGAACACAUGGAAGGAUGAACAAAGUAUUUCAUCCAUCGGCAAACUCGACAAUAAGUUUUUUAAAUCUCAAGAGCGCAUUGAUAAAGGGAUGUACGAAGAAUUGAUUCGAAUCUUUAUAAGAUAA